AUGUCUAGUGGCCGCGGUCGUGGUAUCGUUCGUCGAAACGGGCAAUUUUCCCCAAUCCCAUUGUUAUCGUCUCUUUCACAAACGCACCGUGAAGAAUCAUCUAGUCAAAAUCAAGCUUCACCGAAUCAGACGACUACAUCGGUCUCAAGUCGUGCCGGAGUAGGUCGUGAAUCAAUGCGAUCAAACGCUCGGCUACCACUGGAGACUCAACAAUCUGACACAAUCGCCAAACAGAUUUAUGUGUAUGUCAAUCAUUUUAAAUUGUUAAACUUUCAAUAUCCAUUACAAGCCAUUUAUCAAUAUCGUGUCGACAUAACGAAUAAUUACGAUAUGGAAAUAUCAUUUACAAAAAAACGAGCAAUCCACGCUUGUUGGAUUAAAAGUUUACCCAGAUCAAUGCAGAACAACUUGGCAUUUGAUAAUGACAAUUUAAUUAUUUCAUUCAAAAAAUUACCUGAUAUUGAUGGAAAUGGUGUGACAUACAAAAUAUCGGUACCGAAUCAUUAUGGUAGACAAGAAUCGUUCAAUCUCACCAUAAAACUGAUUAAAUCUAAUCAAGGACAAAUCGAUUUACGACAACUUGACAUUAGUAGUUUAAAACAAAUAUUAACAACUGUUUUACAUGAAGCCGCAUCGAAAAAUGCUCAUGCCAUUCGAAAUCGAUCAUUUUACAUGAUACCAACAAAAGAGAAUGCAUUUGAUUUGGGUGAUGGUAAAGCUGGAUGGCGUGGAUUUUAUUCAGCACUGGUGUUGUCUGCCAGUGAAUAUAAAUUAGCUCUUAAUCUCGAUGUCAGUUAUACGGUAUUUAUGAAAGAACAACCGUUUUUGAAAUUUUUGUAUGAAUUAAUAUCAAAACAUUCAAUAGAGGACACAGAAGAAUUAGAGAAACAAAUAUGUAUGUUACAAAAUACACUUUCCACAGAUCAACGUUCUAUUGAUUACAUCAGUGAACAAAUUCGAGGUAUUAGAUUUAUAUGA